GCGCCUUUUGUUCGGGGCCCGGACGAAGGGCGGAAGCGGGAGGAGCAGGUACCGGAGCGCCGCGGAGCCGAGACAGGUGGCCGGUAGAGGCGCACCGCUCUCGGUGCUUCUGCCACGCCAGGCGGGAGUUGAGCCGGCGCCCGUCCCAGCUGGGAUGGGCUGAGUUCCGCACGGCCCCCAUGUGUCGCCUGGAUAUGAUUGACACCAGCAGCUCCCAGAAACUCUUGAUGAAAACAGGACUCAUCCUGAUUGUCAUUGGUCACCUGAACUUCAUUUCGGGAGCCCUGGUCAAUGGGACGGUCUUGCGCCACAUUGCCAACCCUCAAGAUACCAUUUCGUUGCAGUAUGCCAUUUCUAACAUCGUUUCAGCCAUCUCAGCCAUCUUGACAAUAUCCUGUGGAAUAGCAGCCAUUGUGCUUUCCAGAUACCUAUCCCAAAAACCAUUGGGAUGGGCCGUUUUCUCCCUCAGCAUCAGCAGCAGCCUCCUCUCGCUCUUCUGCCUGGUGGGGCUGGCGCUGGCCAUUGGCCUGACCUUUGCCAACAAGGGCCAUGCCCUUCUCUCCCUGUGCACCUUUGCUGACAUGGAGGUCAUUCAGAUCGCCCACGAGUGCCCCUUCGAUCCCACACGCAUCUAUAGUUCUGCCCUGGUCCUCUGGGGGCUCUCCUUUCUCUUGGACUCCGUGGAGAUCAUCUUCAGCAUCCGUUGCUUUCUUAUCACUCUGACGAUCCUGAACUUGAAGCUUUGUCGCAGGGGGAAGCGCAAGAAAAAGAUCUCAUUCGUCACCGCCACCGCCGAGAGCAGAGACUCCUGCGAAGGACGGGAUCUGCUGAGGAUGGAACGCUUGGACGUUGCGCAGCUGUAGAGGCCAAACGGGUCGCAGGCAAAACCCUCAAAGACUCUUCUGUGGCACCUUUCCGACGGUCCCUGGUCAGUGUCACCAUCCGACUUCACUGACCGCUGGGAGGGCUGGAGCCUGCCAGGAGAAAUGGCUGAGACUUCUCCCAAGCAAUGAAUAGUCUCGCGUUUGUGCAUUUCUCCUGCUCAUCCUCUGGAUCAGGGGUCUCCAACCUUGGCAACUUUAAGCCUUGGCAGACAGAAUUCUGGGAGUUGAAGUCCGCCAAGGCUUAAAGUUGCCAAGGUUGGAGACUCUUGCUCUGGAUGAUGUUUCUAGCUUUGACUUCUCAAACGAGACUGUGAGCUCUUCCUUUUUUAUUCCGAUACACACGUGCGCAUACCCCCCUCGUGUGGGACUCUUCUAGGAUGGGCAGGCCGGAGGUGGCGACUCGAACAUCUGGACCCGAUGUUCUCUUCAGGGGGGGCCAAUGAUGCUCUGGGUCGUUCUCAGGAGCAAAGUCACCCAGUGUGACGGGAGCCUGAUGACCAGGGAAGAGGCUCUAGCAGGACCACUCGGGGGAGAGAAGGGACCACAAAGGGCCAACUGGAGUUUUCUCUGACAUGUUGCUUUCAGGAAGUUUCUAUUCUGCUAUCGCAGCUUAAGCAGGGACUGAAAACUAUAGUUUCCAUUGAUAACGAUGGAAAAUGGCCUUUAGAAGAUGGGUUUGUUGACAAAACUGCAAAUCCACCCUCCCUUUGCUUAUAUCUGUAAAUAUGCAAAUCUACUGAAAUAAUGGAUGGUGGGGGGGCAAUGGAUCAAUCAGCUGCAAAGGAGGCAGAUUGGGGAGACCUUGGUCCAGCUGUAUACUCUCAGCCAACCUACCUCACAGGGUUGUUGUGUGGAAUGCCAGGAGGAUGGGAGUACUGUUUUCAGCCUUAAACUCCUGGACCAAAGAUGGAAUAAAAAAUCUUAACAAAUCAAUUAAAAGAA